GAACUGUUUACCCUGACGUCAGUUUGCAGAACUAGCUCUGCCCUGUCUCCCUCAGUGUCUCCGAAACUCCUCUCAGUCACAUAUUGUGGGGAAUAGAUGGGCUCCGCUCUGCCACUUGCGCGCCCGGAUCUCACGGAGUGAAUGAAAUGCUUCCUUCUGCACAUUUAAAGUGGACUAAAACAUCUACACGAUGAACACCUGCGCCUUUCUGUUGAUUUGUCUGUUCAGAUCUACGCCGAUGGCAUCGAGGGGCCAACAGCUGCCGGCUGCACGUUCGAAGAGGAUUCAGACCCUAAUCUGUGUGACUUCACCCAGGGCGAGGAGGAUGACUUCGACUGGCUGUUGUUUCGGACGUACAAUCCCUCUGCCAGCUCUGACCUUCUGAAGGGGUCCUACAUGUUGGUGAACUCUUCCCAGCAUGCUGUGGGUCACCGCGCUCAGAUGCUCCUGCAGACGUUGAGUGAAAACGACACCCACUGCGUCCAGUUCAGCUACUUCCUGUACAGUCGCGACGGCCACAGCCCCGGGGCUCUACGGGCCUAUGUUCGAGUCAACGGCGGUCCGCUCGGCAGCCCGGUGUGGAACACAUCAGGGUCUCACGGCAAACAGUGGCACCAGGUUGAUCUGGCUGUCAGCACCUUCUGGCCCAAUGAAUACCAGGUGCUGAUUGAGGCGACAGUUUCCAGGGAGCGGCGAGGAUACAUCGCCAUAGAUGACAUCAUGGUGCUCAACUAUCCCUGCUAUAAGGCGCCGCACUUCUCCAGGCUGGGAGAUGAGGAGGUCAAUGCCGGGCAAAAUGCCACUUUCCAGUGUGUUGCUGCUGGAAGGGCAUCAGAGGCUGAGAAGUUCCUGUUGGAGAGACACAAUGGGGACAUUUUAACAAUGGCGUCGGUCAAGCACCUGAGUCAUCGACGCUUCGUGGUGUCAUUCCAGCUAGACAGCGUGCAGCGAGCUGAUCAAGACCUUUAUCGCUGCGUCACACAGUCCCCCAGAGGCUCCGGGGUCUCAAACUUUGCCGAACUCGUUGUCAAAGUACCGCCAUCCCCCAUCGCGCCGCCCCAGCUGCUGCGUGCCGGCUCCACUUACCUGAUCAUCCAGCUCAACACCAACUCUAUCCUGGGAGAUGGCCCCAUUAUCAGGAAGGAGAUUGAGUACCGCGCCAGCCAGUCUCCGUGGUCAGAGGUGCACGGAGUCAACAUGGUCACCUACAAGCUGUGGCACCUGGAUCCGGACACGGAGUACCACAUCAGCGUGCUGCUGACUCGACCUGGAGAGGGAGGAACCGGCCCUCCUGGUCCUCCUCUGGUGAGCAGGACCAAGUGUGCAGAGCCCAUGCGUGCAUUGCGAGGCCUCCUAGCGACAGAUAUCCAGUCCCGGCAGUUGUCCCUGCAGUGGGAGAAUUUGGCGUUCAACCUGACACGCUGCCACACCUACUCAGUGUCCCUGUGCUACCGCUACACCAUGGCGGGAGGAGGCGGAGGCCACAACACCACCGUGCGCGAGUGCCUGGCGGUGGAACACAAUGCCUCACGCUUCACGCUGCGUGAUCUGCCACCCUACCAUGGCAUCCAUGUCCGUCUGUCACUGGCAAACCCAGAGGGGAAGAAGGAGGGCAGAGAGGUCACCUUUCAGACUGAGGAGGACAUACCCGGAGGCAUUGCGCCGGAGUCGCUCACCUUCACCCCGCUGGAUGACAUGAUCUUCCUGAAGUGGGAGGAGCCUAUCGAGCCCAACGGCCUUAUUACACAAUAUGAGAUCAGUUACCAGAGUAUCGAGUCAUCUGAUCCGGGCAUCAACGUCCCAGGACCCAGAAGAACAGUGUCUAAGCUCAAGAAUGAGACGUACCACAUGUUCUCCAACCUCCACCCCGGGACGACUUACCUGAUCUCUGUGCGAGCGAGAACGGCAAAGGGCUUCGGCCAAACCGCCCUCACGGAAAUCACCACUAACAUCUCAGCUCCUACGUUUGAUUACGGAGACAUGCCGUCCCCCCUGAGCGAGACGGAGAGCACAAUUACCGUCCUGCUGCGACCCGCCCAAGGCAGAGGAGCACCUGUGAGCACGUACCAGGUGGUGGUCGAGGAGGAAACUGGCAAGAAAGUGAAGCGGGAGCUGGGGCUUCAGGAGUGUUUCCCUUUGCCCAUGUCUCACGGCGAGGCCCAGGCCCGAGGCACGCCGCAUUACUACACCGCCGAGCUGCCACCCAGCAGCCUGCCAGAGGCCAGUCCCUUCACCGUGGGCGACAAUCACACUUACAACGGCUACUGGAACAGUCCUCUGGACCCCCGCAAGAGCUACCUCGUCUACUUCCAGGCUAUGAGCAACUUCCGAGGGGAAUCCAGAAUAAACUGCAUCCGCAUUGCUCGCAAAGCGGCCUGCAAAGAUCACCGCAAAGCUCUGGAGGUGUCCCAGCACUCUGAGGAGAUGGGGCUGAUUCUCGGCGUGUGCGCUGGAGGUCUGGUAGUGCUCAUCCUCCUGCUGGGCGCCGUCAUCAUCAUCAUUAAGAAAGGAAGGGACUACUACUCUUAUUAUCCGAAACCGGUGAACAUGAACAAGACGCCCAUUACCUACCGACAAGAGAAGAGCCACAUGGGCUCCAUGGAGCGCAGUUUCACAGAUCAGAGCACCCUACAGGAGGAUGAAAGAAUGGCGCUUUCCUUCAUGGAUGCACAUACUUGUGGCACACGAAGUGACGCUCGUAGUUCGGUGAAUGAGGCCAGCAGCCUGCUGGGAGGCUCCCCGAGGCACCAGUGUGGACGGAAAGGCUCGCCCUACCACACCGGACAGCUGCACCCAGCCGUCCGAGUGGCCGACCUCCUGCAGCACAUCAACCAGAUGAAGACCGCCGAGGGCUACGGCUUCAAACAGGAAUACGAGAGCUUCUUUGAUGGCUGGGACUGCACAAAGAAGAAGGACAAAACCAAAGGAAGGCAUGACACCUUGCUGGGAUAUGACCGCCACAGAGUGAAGCUCCACCCUCUCCUGGGAGACCCCAACUCAGACUACAUUAAUGCAAACUACAUCGACAUUCGGAUUAACAGGGAAGGCUACCAUCGAUCCAACCACUUCAUCGCCACUCAGGGACCCAAGCAGGAGACUCUGUAUGAUUUUUGGAGGAUGGUGUGGCAGGAAAAUUGUUUCAGCAUCGUCAUGAUCACUAAGCUGGUAGAGGUUGGCAGGGUGAAAUGCUGUAAAUACUGGCCCGAUGACAGCGAAAUGUACGGUGACAUCAAGAUCACUCUGCUCAAGACAGAGACUCUCGCUGAAUACACAGUUCGCACCUUCGCCUUGGAAAGGAGAGGAUAUUCAACCAAGCACGAGGUGCGUCAGUUCCACUUCACAUCCUGGCCUGAACAUGGGGUGCCCUACCAUGCUACUGGACUGCUGGCUUUUAUACGAAGAGUGAAAGCCUCGACUCCUCCUGACGCUGGCCCUGUGGUGGUCCACUGCAGCGCUGGAGCAGGUCGUACCGGCUGCUACAUCGUGCUGGACGUCAUGUUGGACAUGGCUGAGUGCGAAGGUGUGGUGGACAUCUACAACUGUGUCAAAACGCUCUGCUCUCGACGCAUCAACAUGAUCCAGACAGAGGAGCAGUAUAUCUUCAUCCAUGACGCCAUUCUGGAGGCCUGUCUUUGUGGAGAGACGGCCAUCUUGGUGAACGAGUUUGCGGUCACUUACAAGGAGAUGCUGCGAGUGGACUCCCAGAGUAACUCCUCUCAGCUGCGGGAGGAGUUUCAAACGCUGAACUCCGUGACUCCCCAUCUGGAUGUGGAAGAGUGCAGCAUUGCUCUGCUGCCCAGAAACCGGGAGAAGAACCGCAGCAUGGACGUUCUGCCGCCCGAUCGCGCCCUGGCCUUCCUGGUUACAACCGAAGGGGAGAGCAACAAUUACAUCAACGCCGCUCUCGCCGACAGCUUCCACCGGCAGGCUGCGUUUAUUGUGACCCCUCACCCUCUGCCGGGCACCACGGCCGAUUUUUGGAGGCUGGUGUUCGACUACGGCUGCACGGCAGUGGUCAUGCUCAACCAGCUCAACCAGUCAAACUCUGCCUGGCCAUGUGUUCAGUACUGGCCGGAGCCUGGUUUACAGCAGUAUGGACCCAUGGAAGUGGAGUUCCUGUCCAUGUCAGCAGAUGAAGACGUCAUUACUCGCCUGUUUCGGGUCAAGAAUGUCACAAGGCUCCAAGAGGGCCAGCUGGUGGUGUGUCAGUUCCAGUUCCUGCGCUGGUCUGCGUAUCGCGACGUUCCCGACUCCAAGAAGGCUUUCCUCAACCUGCUGGCUCAAGUGCACAAGUGGCAACGGGAGUGUGGAGAAGGACGCACUGUUGUGCACUGCCUCAAUGGUGGUGGUCGUAGUGGGACCUUCUGUGCCUGCAACAUCCUCCUCGAGAUGAUCCAGUAUCAGAACAUGGUGGACAUCUUCUAUGCUGUCAAAACUCUACGCAACUGCAAACCCAACAUGGUGGAGUCUCUGGACCAGUAUCGAUUUUGCUAUGACCUUGUCCUGGAGUACUUGGACUGCUUUGAGGGCAGAUAGCAACUAAAAGUUUACCACAACAGCAGGAUCCCGAGCGCUGGAGAUUCGAUUUAAGGCCACCCAGCAACCCUCAUCUCCUUUGAUGUUUGGACCUGUGGACUUGGCUUUGAAAGAACUGCAAAGGAAGGAGAGGACAGGGGAGAAGAAAAAAAAAGAAAAACAUGGUCAAGGUUCUAACUUUUCACCUUUAAUGUACAGCUGUGAUUUCCUCCUUGUUGGUGACGUUUAUCGCUUUUGAUAUUUUUUUGUGUUUUUCUUGUUCCCCUUUGCCUCUUGGACUGAAUCUUUGUGCUGAGGGUUUCUGUAGCAGCAAAAAAAAAAAAAAAAAAAACAAUAUUCUAAGCUACAAAACGGACCCUGAAGGGAGGGUCACCUCGGCUGCGUUUCAUCGUUUCAUUCAAACAGUGAGGAGGCUGGAUGUAGAAUUCCAGAGUUUCAGCAGCGUUCUCAAAACGUGGAAGCGUUUUUCUACCCUCUUAAGAGCUACAUACGACAGCAGUCCACUGUGGUUGUGGCAUGACUUAUCUACCAUACCAUAAACUGCCUUAUUCUCAGACGAUAGAACAAAUUUAUUCAAAAUCGCUGAAUAAAUCCAAAAGGUCGUCAUACUGGUGUACAAAACAAGCGACGGGAGAUUUUAAGAGACCUACAGCAUUAGGAUAGACCAGCCCGGUAUCCAACAGUAUUGAUGCAGAAACUGUACAGUAGUGCAAUGUGUUGUAUUUUGCCAUAAUGUUUGUGCUGGAUUACCAUGUGUGCUAUCGGUGGGCGUUUCCAGGGAUCACAGCAGCGGGCCUGGUGCCACCACGGGUGAUUCCUGUCUCAUUACUGUCACGGUGCCAAUCCCACUGACUGACUUGAAUCCUUUACUUUGUUCUACUGCUUCAUCUUGAUAUAUGCCUACAAACAUAAAAGUAUGUACUGCAUCAGCUAAUGUUCUUUGCUCCAAAGUGAUUGUUUGUAUUUUCUACCCAGCGGGAAAGAAAAAAGGAGCAAAGUGGGAGGGGGAAGCUGUUAGAAGCGUACUGAGAUGCCAUAGUGUUGGUGUGAAAAAUGAUGUUCCAUUAAUGCUGUGGUGAAGUGUCUAAACCAGUGCUGCGUCACAGAUUUCACUCUGUGACUCUUUUACUCCUUUGUUGUCUGAGGCAUUUUGGUUGUACUGUAAACUGUUGAAUCAAGUCGGUUUUGAGUUUUAGCGCUACCCUUUCAGGUAGGGGGGCUCAUUUUGACAAUUUUGACAUGAAGUUAGUUGUUGUUCCUAGUGGUGUAAAAUAAAUAAAUAUAUAUAAAUGAAAAAGGGGCAUUAAGAUUGUGAGGAGGGAAAAAUUGCUUUAGCUCACUGCUGGACAUACUGAUGUUUUCACAUUUCACUUUUUCUUUUUUUAAGCAAAAAUGGUAAAUUUGAAGGAAGAAAUAGGAAGAAACAGUAGGCCAGAGAUCCUGCUGUUUAGAAUCCACAGACUUUGACAAACAAAAUCCGCUAUUUUUCAGCCACUGGCCAAUGCCUGGAGAUCACUGGAACUCUUUAUGCCUGAAUCAAUAGAAGGAACUAUGUCAGGCUGGAAUGUGAGAUACACAUAAUGAUCUGAGUCACCUUUGAAACACCCCCAUCACACAGAAUGGAAGCAAUUUUCUUUGUAUUUUUUUCAACAGUUUGUUCCAGAACCACAAAAAAUAUCUCUUCUCCACUUCAUCGUUACCCUUAAAAAAUAUGUUAUGCUCCACCAUAUCUGCUGAAACUCCUUUAAAUGCAGUUUUUCAAGGAGGGUUUUAAAGGUAUCACUCCAGGACCUGCCCUAAUAAAUAAGGAGAGACACCUUGAAGCCCACACAAGCUGAGAAAUGGCAGCUAGAUGAACUCUGCUGCUGAUUUGCAGCUCACAGUCUGAUUCAGGUGGGAGCGCCAGAAUAUGAGGUAUCUAGCAGCGUACCGACAUUACCAGGCUCUCGCAGAUUCAGCUUGUGUUUGAUGAGGAUGUAGAAUGAGGUAGCUACAGCGUAGUCAGUGAUCUGACAAAGGUUAGCCGGAGGAAGUGCCUGGAAACACGAGGGUGGAAGGAAUGUGUACAUACAGAUGUAUAUUAUGUUAUGUGAAUACUAUGUGAAUAAUAUACUAUAUGUUUGCCCAGAGUAAAGUCGUACAGUAAGUAACACUACAUAACCGCAAAGCUGAAUGUGCUGUAAAUGACCAUUAUGUGAGUUUUUUGAAAGAACUUUUAACAACAGAGUGUGAACCGAGUCUCCUGGUAUGGAAGGCCAUUUCUGCCAAAGUGGUGGAAAAAAAAACAGAUCCUGCGACUCAUUAAAAUGAAAAACUUCUCAAAAUAAAGACUUUGUAUCUCAAAAAAAAUGAGAAACUUUCUCAAAAUAAUGACUUGCUAUCUAAAAAUAAUAACAUAGUAUUUAAAACAGGAAAACUUUUGCUAAAUUUUAACUAAGUAUCUUAAAAAAGAGAAACUUUUUACAAAAUAAUGACUUAGCAUUUCAAAAAUAAUGGCAUUUUCGAAACAUUCUCAAAGGUUGCAGAGGCCUGUGUUUUCUUACAUGUGCCAAAGCAACAGAAGCAAGUGGGUGCGAUGAAUCAAUACCACCACUGAUAACUACGAGAUAGGCUCAAAAAUCACAAAAUUUAAAUGAGUUUGGAGGAAUCACAUAAUAUCAAAUUAAGCUUCUGGACUCUUGGAAGGUUGCAAAAGCUUAAAGCUCAAACAUUAUCCAUCCAUGAACAACAGCUAUGGAUGCAUGGGAAUGACAAGAGCAUUAGCGGUUACAUAGCUGGCCUUAUAAGAGAAAUUAUAUUCGUAAAUUAUCUAGAUUACUGCAGUUAAUUCCAUAGAUGCUGCAAACAAAAGCAAUAAAUGUCUAAAACUAGGGUUAGAUGCUAAAAAUACCGUUGUUGUAGUGAUAUAGAGCAUUCUGCACAAUAGUGAGGAUGAAAAAGGUACAGAGUUUAUUACUUUGGUGAUAGAGGUGAUAGAGGUACGGACCCGUACCCGUAGCCUGUGGACUACGGAUACGGCACUUGCCAUUUGCCAAUCAGAUACGCGAGAUCUGCUCACGUGACUCCCGGUAGAUGCUAGCUGUACGGACCCGUAGCAUCGAUACGACAGGUACGGACCCUAAACCUGACCCUAACACUAACCCUAACCUUUGCUUACCUUUCAACAGUUUGCAGUGGUUAGCAGCUUCUUGACUCGCGAGACUCGCAUACGGGUCCGUAUCUGUCUGGCAAAUGGAAAGUGCCGUACCCGUAGCCUGUGGGCUACGGAUACGGACCCGUAUCCGUAGACACUACCUAUCACUUUAGGUCCAAGUAUUCACAAUCAAGGGACAAAACCUUGGUGUGCACCACGUGAAAUGAAAUGUGAUGAUUUUUGAGAUUCCAUAUUGGUUAAACAAUAUCUGAAGUGGUCUUAGGUGAUGAUAUCCAUUGGUGAUUACUCAUUAUUUGAGAUAGCAAGCUAUUAUUUUGAAAUACUAAGUCUUUCUGGGAUAGUUUCUCAUUUUCUACAUACGUCAUUAUUUUGAGAGAUUUUUAGUAUUAUUUUCAGAAGUACUUCAUUAUUUUUGAGAUCUCUCAUGACUUUGUAAUACAAAGUCAAUAGUCUGAGAAUAUUUGUCAUUAUUUCGAGUUUUUCAUUGAGAUGACUUACAGGAUCUUUUUUUUUAAUCAUUGUCAGAAAUGAGCUUCCAUACAUGAGUGUUCUUCAAAGCAGUCUGAGUUAAACAGGUCAUCAAAGCAUGUAUGAAUCCAUUGUACGCUUUGCAUUUCAUUUAAUUAAUUUCAAAAUAUCCUGAUCCACAUGAUUUAUUUCAUCCAGUGUAUUAUCCAGCAGCCACGACUGUGUGAGAGCAUUGUACUUUUACCAUUCCAAAGCUUUUUAUUAUGACUGCUACUGCCAACACAGGACCAUUGAUUUCACUUGUUUCUUUCUGUAUGAACCAACGGUACAUGACUACUGUGUUUUUGACCAUUGUAUUUGUGGGGACAAAGGUGUGUAUUUAAUGAGAGACGAAGAAAACAGAUGUAUAUCGCGGUCAGGAAGAGGUUUCUUCUGAAGGAUAACAACGAUUAACAAUAAAAGAACAAGGGGGAAAAA